AUGGCUGCUGUCGUUGAUGGCGUUCCAGUCGCUAUCCCACCACCUGACGGUUACAAAGUAAACUUCGAGAACCCGCAGCGAAACAGUGUCACUGAAGCGUACUGGCUUUAUGGCAUCGGUAAUUUCCUGAGUCUUGCAUUCAUAUUGCAGAGAGUCUAUGUGAAAGGCUUCUUACAAAGGAAGUUCCGGAUUGAAGAUGCUCAGUCCAACGCCCAUAUCUUUUCGGCGGUAUUCUCUGUGGUACUACAAACGUUGAUCAUACGUGACUUCACUCGGGGAGUAAUGGGAACCCAUGGAUGGGAAAUGCCAAUCACAAAGUUCGCCCUUUUUGCACGCGCUUUGUACCUGCUCCCUAUCCUUUAUAACCCCGUCCAAUGCGGUGCCAAACUUGCCCUUGUACUUGUCUACCGUCGACUCGCGCCACUGAAGUGGUUCCAAAUGCUCAUUUGGAUCACAGGAUUCGUUGUAGUCGGCUCUUCAGUUGCGAUAACAUUUGUCACGAUCUUUCCAUGCCGACCGGUACGAUCGGGCUGGGAUAUCACUAUUACUGAUGCCAAGUGCAUUGACAGACCUGCAGUGUAUCAGGCUACUGCUAUCCUAGGCGCUAUUACUGAUGCUAUGGUCCUUGCGAUCCCUAUACCAGUAGUGGUGCCUCUCAAGAUCUCUUGGAGACAGAAGGUUGGGUUGCUGUGUUUCUUCUGCAUCGGUGGAGUUACUAUUUUCACAUCCAUCAUGAGACUUAUCACAUUGAUCAACUCCAUGGGCAAUGAAGACCAAUCUUGGGGCGGAGGACCUGUCCUGCUUUGGAUCUUUGCUGAGGCCAACCUCUCGAUAAUAUGCGCUAGCCUGACGACAUUUAAACCCUUCCUCAAACGUAUAGCUCCCCGAAUCCUAGGCACCUUGCGCAUACGAUCAGAUAAUGGCUUAUCGGAUCCAAAUGCACCACCAACUAUUGGGGCGAUACCUACGAAUGGGAGACUCCGACACGGUCACUACGAACGAUUUGAUGAAGAUCCCAUGUAUCCGUUACAAACCGUCUCUAAGGCUGAAGGCUCUAGUAUGCGUAUAGAUAAGAGUGAAGGGGUGCACAACCUUAUGCGCCGGAACUCGGGGCAAAGUCAGGGCGAUUCCGGUUCAGAAAAAGCAAUUGUUCAGACUAGGACCACAACGGUCUCAUACUCAUAG